AUGGUACAUUUAGGUGUAUGUGACGAGCCCGUCUUCUCCUCCUCUGUCCCUAACUUCACAGACAGUCAGCUAGGCGGAGUCCCGCACUGGCUGACCUCCACCUCCACUGUACCUGCCUGUACACUCUGUGGUGCCUCCUCCCACCUGGUAACCCAGCUGUACGCCCCACUCCUAGACUCACCUCACCACCGUGUGUUGUACUUGUUUGGUUGUGGUGAGGUGGGGUGUCAGAACAAGAGUGGGGCGUGGAGUGUGGUAAGGGAGGUAUGUGAGGUGGGGGAGGUUGUGAAGGAGAGUGUGACUGUUGUGAAGGGGAAGAGUGAGGUGUUCUCUGAUGAUUGGGGGGUUGAUGGUGAGGACUGGGGAGGUGGUGAUGGUGAAGAGAUUCUAGGAGCGCUUACUAGUACAACCGAACAAAUAACUCAGUCUAUGAGCCAGCUCCAGGUAAAAGAGUGCAGCUCAGUUGGUCACAUAGACCAAAGUUCUGGUGUUUAUUUCCCUCCUUUUUAUUUGUAUGUCAUGGGGGAACCAGAAGCGGAUAUUGUGAAUAAAUCAGACCGUAAGAAAUAUAAUGAGUUUGAUGAAAUGGCUGAGGAAGGUGGAGGAGGAAAAGAAAAAUAUGAAAAAUCCGAAGUUAAAGACAAAGAAUUUUACAAGUUUUACAAAAAAGUCAAACGAUGCCCUGAACAAUGCAUCAGAUAUGAUCUCGGUGGAAGUCCUCUUCUCCAACCCCCUGAUAUCUCCAUUCCUAACUGUCCUAAAUGUCACUCUCCUCGGCGCUUUGAGUUCCAACUCAUGCCAGCUCUAAUAUCCAUCCUGAACUUCCCUCCAAUAAAAGGAGCUGCUAGCUCCAAAUCUCUAGAUUACAGAACUGUUAUAAUAUACACUUGUCAGAGAGAUUGUGUGAUCUCAGAUAGUAGUUCAGAGUAUAUUGUGUGUGUUCCUGAGCCUGAUGUGGUGAUACCCUCACAGAGAAGUGCAGAUGGGAACUCUCAGAGUGGUUCUUAGAGGAUUUAUUAAAAGUAGGCGGGCUCCUGUCUAAACUAUUUUAAAAGCUUGUUUAGAGGGAUCUAGAUUUGUAAAUUAUUAUG